AUGGAUCAGUUUUACGAUGGUUUUAAAUUCUAUGCUGGGCAGUUUGCCAACAUUCCUAUGUUUCCAGUGCUACAAUGUGCUCAUUACACAAUUAUGUGCUUGAAACUGCGAAUGGAGGCUGGUAAGUGCAAAUAUACACACUUCGAAGUACUAUUGUAAUAUUUUACAAAUUGAGUUUACUUGGAUUAUAAGUGCAUGCCCUACUUUGGCAGCAAUGUUCUUAAAUGGGAAAUUUGGUAAUGCUACUUUAGAAUGUUAACGCUAAAAGUCUAUGUCCCUUCACAUACUUAUCAAACCAAUGGGAUAGAAAUAAAAUGGGUCAGUCAGAUGUCUUGCAGCUGUACAGGUCAUGUGACCAUAAUUAUACAUGGAAAGGAUUUAGGGGUCAAUGUAUUACCGCGUUGACAAAACGUUUUCAACCCUCAAAGAAUUGUUACUUGCAGUCAUUCAACACUGUGUUUGGCCUACAUUUUAAAAGUAUUUGUAGAAUAUUAAAUAUUCUAAAAAAUGUUUAAUAUUUAACUUUUUGAAAAACAAUAUUGAUGGCUGAGUCAAUCUGAAGUAUACCCAACUUCCCUCACUACCUCUCGCUGCCUCUGGGCAAUAAACCCAAGAACAGAGUUAACACCCUUUUUGACACACCUAACAAAUUUAAUAGUUUGUAUCUGACUUAGAAACAGAGGCCCAGGAGAGAAGACUGGGGAUGAGUCAGGAUUUUGUAUUUAAUUAGCGGAAGAGAAAGGGCAUUGUACUUGGCUCCAUUCAUGUGGUUCGGUUGUAUAAAGAACUCUAUUAUACAACGGAACCACAUGAAUGGAGCCAAGUACAAAUUAUGCCCUUUCUCUUCCGCUAAUUAAAAUUAAAAAUUAAAAAUUAAAAUUUUUUUCCAAAGAGGAAUUGUCACCUGUUAUAAUUGGGAUGGAGGAAAAGAAUAACUUAACAUCAUACUGAGAUGUCUGAAAUUAUUCAUUGGCAUUUUUCUCUUAGCCUGAGGAAAAGCCAUCCCCACCACUGAUUUCCCUAUAAAGUGAUGCCUGUGAAAUUUCCAUCCCUGAUGACAUGUCACUACCCAGAUCUUGGGGAUCUUGGGUAGUGCUUCUGUAAAGGAAAUCAGUAUGGAGUUUCUGCACUAGCUCCUCAGACCUAAUUUUACGGGGAAAUUUAUGGUAGCAUUGCAAAAUUUUGGCCAUCUCCUCAGGCUAUCUUUCUCUAAGAUUUGUUACCUUGACUUUUGUAGGUUCAUUGUCAUUUGCCUACACCCAUCCAAUGUCUUGCUGGGUUUCAAGCAUCCUCACCUGUUUUGCUGGGACAAUUAUGGCAAACUUCUUGCUAGGAAAUGCUCUCAUUUUACCAUUGUUAGACAUGAAACAGAUUGCUAUUUUGACUGUUAUCUGGUAAGUGAUAGUGAGUUGUAGCUUUAACCAUAGGGUAAUGUUUACAGGGUGGCACAAUUAUUGCAACCAUAAUUAAACACCCUGGUACAUGUAAGUGCAAGUCCGUUCACUUAAAUUAGUGAUCUAAUAGCCUUUAAAAGUAAGUGGAAGCUCUGUAAAUGGACAGCUCUACUUAUGGCUGCAGGGCCUUGUGUCACUUGUCGUUAUCCCUUUUUCAUAGUGUUGAUUGGACUGGUUAUUUUUUGCCAAUAAAAAUUGUCACCUAUUUCUUUUACAGGUAUCUUGUAUUCUUUGGUCCACUGGAUCUGUUUACAAAGAUUUUUAUGCUAAAGCCAUUUUGGGUAUGCAUUGUUCAUUCUAGAAGUUCUUUCUACUUACAACUAUGAUAUUUAGGGCCUAGGUGCCCUUACCUUGGUUUUAAAAAGUGACCUAAUGAGAUUGAGAUUUAUCAGCAACUGAUUGUCAUUAAAAUACAGACUGUUAAAUAAUGUUUUUUAGAUUGCUCUUCUUGUUCUGAAAGAAGCCCACAGGGCUAAGAAUGUUCUAAAGGGGGUUGAAAUGGCUUCCCCAGCCUACCCAGAUGCAUGGUUUGUUAUGAUCGCCAUAGGAACUGCUAAAGGUAUGAUUAUAAUAAAUUAUCAUUAAUGAUUAUUGCCACCAAUGCAGAAGGAAUGCUCUCCAAAUGCUGAUUCGAGGAGACAAUUGGUUUAAUGGAUCUUAAAAUCAGGGGCAAGUAUCAUAAAUCCUCUUAACCUUCCCCCCAUCCACCCCAGACUUAUUUUUUUCAAGCAUGUGUGAGGGGAGCUUAUUUGAGAAUGGGGCUGAUUUAAUUUCAUGAAGCUGAUGAUAUGAAUUCUCUGUGAAAACUUGAAUGUUAAGUGGAAAAGCUCAUGUAGGCACAUGAAGUUGGAGGUCUGAUCUUCCAGCACGGAAUAAAUCAUACUGGAUCAGUCCAUGUGACCCCUGCAAAUCUUCUUCUUUGUUUUCCAUUUCAUCUGUCUUACAACCUUGUUUCAAAGCCAUGUUUCUUGUUGAAUUUUAUCGUAACAGGUCCUACGUUGAAUAUUUGAGGCAUUUUUUUUCUGUUUUCAGGAGCUGGAAGUAGACUACUUAGACCUGUUGUGAAGUUUGUCCAAGGCAAAAUUGAACCUACAAAUGAAGCACUUUAUCCAUCAUUGUAAGUUAUUUGUUUGUCGCUACUCUCUGUAUCACUACAUCUAGAGGCAUGGUGGGUUAGCGGUUAGUGCUUUGGACUCUGGAUCAAGAUGUCUGUGUUUGAGGAGGAGGUCAUUGUGUUGUGUUCUGGGGCAAGACAUUUUACUCUCUUAGCACAGUUGGUCAUUGGGCAGCCUUUUGUGUGAGAAGUUUUGAAUACAAUUCCCAGGUGCAACCUCCAAAAUCAUUGUUUUUACUUCUUUCCUUUCCGUGUAGCUUUAUGUAACUAGUUUAAAUACCUGUAACACUGAGCACUGAUGGAGAGAGCAUGGGGAAUUUAUUGCAAGUGAACGGCUCGGGAGCAUACAAUCCUAUAAUCUCCAGGUUGCUAUCAUGCAUGCAUGGCAUGUAUGUAGCCAGGAUAUUUGAACUGUCUAUCACUUGUUAUCUGGUGACCUGCUUUUCCACAUUCUGUUGGGUGAAACUUACGUAAAGCAAAGCUAUUUUAGGCAAACUGCUGUUAAGAACGCCUUAUAUUUUCUCAUAUUAGCUGUGGGCUUUAUAUUUCAGUGUCACUAAAUUGGCCAUAUUAGGCAGCAUCCUUGUCAUAAUGGUGCGUAAAGGCAUGUUGGAUUUCUCUACACCUGAAGUUCUUCUUCUUAUUGCUUGUGUUGGUUCAGUUCUUCAAGUCGUCAUGUUCUUGAGCAACACCAGCGAUCCCUUCACACAUGUGGAAAAAGCUGUUGCUGCUGUCCUCUUUCGCGAACCAACUGAAAAGGCUAACACAUCAGACAGCAAGAAGAAAAAGGAAUAGACCUCCGUUAUAUAAAGUUCAUGCAUGGCUGUGGGAGUAUGGGGGUGCCAGAGGAUGUUGGUACAUCAAAACCACCAGGCAACCCCC